AUGUUUGUGACGUUUCCGCACCCCGCGAUCCCCGCAACUGUCAACNAAAAAUGUUGGCGAGCGGCAUCGUCGACAGCUCAAACAAGGACCAGACCCAAGCAGAAUGGCGACCACACACGAGGCAGAGGCCUUGAUCACCUCCCACGACCCCCACCACCCGGCGAACCUCAUCUGCGAGCUCUGCAAGAAGUUCUACACUCUUGGAUGGGCGGUGGCACCUCAAUUCGUGAUGGUGAACGUAUCUAUAUCGCGCCCUCGGGCGUCCAGAAAGAGCUCAUGAAGCCCCAAGACUUGUUCGUUAUGGACUAUGCGACCAGAGAAUACUUGCGCAGACCACCGGUAGGCAACGAUCAGACGUAUGGAGGAGACACAAGGGCUAAGUAG